AUGUUUAUAAUGUUAUUAGUCUGCUUAAAUGUAGUUGCUCUUCCAGGGGGACUUUUUGAAAUGGAUACCGAUCCAGCCAUGUCUAUAGCUGGAAUGAAAGGUCUUGUGGAUAUGGAAGGUUUAUUUAUAAGCGAACUAGGGAACUACGAAAAAGCACUAAAAGACAAAAUCGAUACGAUAGAGAGCUUUCUACAAGAUGUACAAUCAAAACGAGACAUUUCCAGGAAAAAUCCAGAAGAAUUCGUUGCCCAUCCACUCAACGCGUUUUCCCUUAUUCGACGAAUGCACGAGGAUUGGACCCACAUUGAGUUAUUUAUGUCGGAAAAAGUAGGCUUAAACCAUCUUCAAGCUAUUGAAGAAGGAUUAGAUGAAGCACAACCCACCGAUAAGGAUCUAAACGAUGCCAUUAAUGGAAUCUUAUUUCUGAACCGAUUUUAUAAUCUACAGCCAGUUGACAUAGCCAAAGGGUUACUAAUGGGACAACAAUACAACGCCCAUUUAACUACGCUCAAUUGUCAGGCAUUAGCCAAAGCGAACUUAGAUUAUAACUAUGAUAGGGAUGCUAUAAAUUGGUAUGAAACUGCUGUAGGACAAUACGAUGACAAUCGAGAUGGCCAAGUCUACAGGGAAGUAUUUGACUUUACGCUGCCUGAUUUAUACAUAAAUUACACCUCUACUUUGGUUAUUAAAGGUUUCCGGAAAGCCGCCUUAAAUAUACUUCGGAACGUAUCUGAUUUAGAUGCUAGAUUGUGGUUACUUCAGAAAGAAGUCUAUGAAGUAGGUAAAAUAGAUGUGCCAGAUCCCACGUUUCUUGUAGAGCCAUGGAUUGAUCAUAAUGGUUGUCAAGGACUCUGGGAGACCAGAAAGUAUUUAAGUUGUCACUAUGAAAAAGGAACUUCAGAUUUCCUUAGGAUUGCCCCACUCAAAGUCGAAAUCCUAAGCGUAGAUCCCUAUAUAGUAAUCUACCAUGAUGUAAUUUACGACAGAGAAAUCUCGAGAGUCAAAAAUAGUUCACUCCAUUCACUCAAGAGCCCUUCGCGAUACCUAAAUGGUGAUGACUAUAACAUUAAAUUUGCUAGGAUCCACGAGGAGCUGGAAAGCCCGCUAAAUAGGCGGAUUAAAGACAUGACAGGAGAGGAAGUGAAAGAGGAUAAAGAUUUUCUGAUAAGCAAUUAUGGUAUCAGUGGGUUUAGAGACUAUCAUAUUGACAACCUAGAAGUUCAGGAUCAAACAACAGAACUUGGCGAUCGACUAACAAGUAUUGUUUUCUUCAUAAGCAAUGUGUCCCAAGGAGGUGCCAUCACUUUUCCGCGUUUAAAUAUUACAGUUUGGCCACAAAAGGGCAGCGCAUUAGUUUGGCGAAAUCUGAAUCACAGCAUGCAGCCCAUCGAGGAUCUUUUGCAUUUAUCAUGUCCGGUUAUAGUGGGCUCUAAGUGGACUCUCGUAAAAUGGUUGCACGAAAAACCUCAAAUGUUUUUCAGACCGUGUAAAAAAGAGUACAAAGAGUUCAAUAUAUAAAUCCCAUGUCUAAAGCAUGAAAUUAUAAGCGUUAAA